UAUAUAGUCAUUUUUGUUUUAACUGCAUUUUUAGUGAAACUACCAAUUUAUAGCACUCAUUUGUGGCUUCCUAAAGCACACGUAGAAGCUCCUUUAGCUGGUUCAAUAAUCUUAGCUGGUGUAUUGUUAAAAUUAGGAGGAUAUGGAUUGGUUAAAAUGGGAAAUACAUUUACGAUUAGAAGAAUAAAUCUUGUAAGAGUAUUCAUCUAUUCUUUAAGUAUUUGGGGUGCUGUUUUAUCUAGAUUGAUAUGUUUACGUCAAGUUGAUGUAAAGGCCAUAGUAGCUUAUUCGUCAGUAGGGCAUAUGAGGGUGGUGGUCUUAGGGGCAUUAUAUAACAACACUUCAAGUGUCUUUGCGGCUACUGUAACCAUAUUUGCCCAUGCUUUUAGCUCAUCUGCCUUGUUUUGUUUAGCUUAUUAUAGAUAUGAAAAAAUUUCAAGUCGAAGUAUAAUAUACAUAAAAGGGUAUUUAACAAUAUUUCCGAUUUUAUCAUUACUAUGAUUUAUCUUUACUUGUAUUAACAUAGCAGCACCGCCAACAUUAAAUUUAAUUGGUGAGAUACUAAUUGUUCCAAUGCUAUCAAAUUUAGGAGUAUAUUUUAUAGUAACAAUAGGACUGUGUAUUUUUUUAUCAGCCUGUUAUAAUAUAUUUUUAUAUACUGCGGUUAAUCAUGGUAAAGGUAGUGAGUUUAUUAUUGGAGGAAAUCAGUUAACUAAUAAUCAAAUAUUAGUUAUAGGAAUACACUUAGCUCCUCUAUUACUUUUGUUAAAAAUAAAUCUAUUUUGCUUUGCGUUGAUUAUAUUCUACUAAUCAUAAAGAUAUUGGAACAUUAUAUUUAAUUUUUGGGAUCUGGUGUGGAUUGGUCGGUACAGGUUUAAGCUUGUUAAUUCGUUUGGAAUUAGGAACAUCUCUUGUACUAUUGGAUGAACAUUUUUAUAAUGUAAUUGUUACAGCACAUGCUUUUGUAAUGAUUUUUUUUAUAGUUAUACCGAUAAUAAUUGGAGGGUUUGGGAAUUGAAUAGUACCUAUAUUAAUUGGUGCUCCCGAUAUAAGAUUUCCUCGAAUAAAUAAUAUAAGAUUUUGACUUUUACCUCCUUCAUUUAUCUUAUUAUUAUGUAGGUCUAUAGUAGAGGGUGGAGUUGGAACUGGGUGAACUGUUUACCCCCCUCUAUCAGGACCUGUAGCUCACUCUGGUUCAUCAGUAGAUCUUGCUAUUUUCUCAUUACACUUAGCUGGGUUAUCAUCUAUUCUAGGUGCUAUUAAUUUUAUUACUACCAUUUUUAAUAUACGUUCACCUGGUAUUACACUGGAACGCAUAAGCUUAUUUGUUUGAUCGGUGUUAAUUACUGCAUUUUUAUUAUUAUUGUCAUUGCCUGUUUUAGCAGGGGCUAUUACUAUACUAUUAACUGAUCGAAAUUUUAAUACUAGGUUCUUUGAUCCAAGAGGAGGUGGAGACCCUAUUCUAUAUCAACAUCUAUUUUGAUUUUUUGGUCAUCCAGAAGUGUAUAUUUUAAUUUUGCCUGGAUUUGGAAUCAUCAGACAUAUCUUAUCUAACUUUACUAAUAAACCAGCAUUUGGUACCUUAGGAAUAAUUUUAUGCUAUGUUAAGUAUUGGUGUUUUUAGGUUUUAUUGUGUGGGCACACCAUAUGUUUACAGUAGGUAUAGAUGUAGAUACUCGAGCAUAUUUUACAGCAGCAACAAUAGUAAUUGCUGUACCAACCGGGAUUAAAGUCUUUAGCUGAAUAAUAACGAUUUAUGGAAGUAAAUCUAAACUUACUGCUAGUAUAUACUGAGUAUUAGGAUUUAUCUUUUUAUUCACACUAGGAGGUUUGACCGGAAUUGUACUUUCAAAUUCAUCUCUAGAUAUUAUAUUACAUGAUACAUAUUAUGUGGUAGCUCAUUUUCACUAUGUAUUAUCAAUAGGAGCAGUCUUCGCUUUAUUUGCUGGGUUUGUUUACUGAUUUCCAGUAAUUACUGGAUUAACUAUACAUGAAUCUUGAUCCAAAAUUCAUUUCUUUAUUAUGUUCUUUGCUGUGAAUAUAACAUUUUUUUCCACAGCAUUUUUUAGGCUUGGCUGGAAUACCACGACGGUAUGUUGAUUAUCCUGAUACAUAUUAUAAGUGAAAUCAAAUCUCAUCAUUUGGAUCCCUAUUCAGAAUUAUUGCAGUAUUAAUGUUCAUUUUCUUAGUAUGAGAAGCUCUAACGUCACAGCGGAGUUACUUAUUUUCUGAAAGUUCACAUAGAUCUCGAGAAUGAGAUUACGCACUUCCUCCAGAUUUUCAUAGUAAUCUAGAGACUAGUGUUUCUCCUUUAUAAACGUGUAUCUUAAUUAAAUAUGUUCAAAAA